AGAUGCACACCUUUCAUACAUAAAAAAGCAAGAAACAGCUCAGUCUUAUAUAUAUAUAUAUAAGACUCCAUGGGAUUUGGCGCGCUGCCAGUGUGCACGCCUCGCCGUGUGGUGGUGACCGGCAUUGGCAUGGUCACCCCUCUUGGGCUCACCACCAUUGACACGUGGAGGGCGGUGUGCAGUGGGCAGUCCGGCAUUCGCCCUCUCCUCGACGCCCCGUUCUUCCUUCCCAGCUUUGUUCAAAACGACCGCACGUUGAAACCGGAAGAGAAGCAACGCGCAUUGGAGAAGCUGGUGCAGGCGAUGCCGUGUCAAGUGGCGGCCUCCAUCGCAGCUCCAUCGUUGUUGUCUCCUGCCUCCGAGAUCUCAUCGGAUCCGUUUGCGCCUUCAGCGGCGGAGUCGCGCGCCUUUAAGCUGUGUGCCCGCGCCGUCGACGAUGCUCUCUGCGACGCCGCGCUGCUCACCUCGCCCAUCACCCCCACAGCUGCGCGGGAGAAAGGCAAAGCCGAGCGGGAAGUUAACCUGUCCGACGCCGCCCGCGACCGGGUUGGCGUGAACAUUGGCAUGGGCAUUCCCUCUCUCGCCGACACGACCGACGUCGCGGUGUACUUAACCGCCGAUGACAUCGCCCGCUCUACCGGCAAGGUGCACUACAACAAAGUGCACCCCUUGUUUGUGCCGAAGAUUCUCGGCAACAUGGCCGCCGGUCACACCGCCAUCCGCCAUCGUCUGCGCGGCCCGAUCGGGAGCAGCGUUGCGGCCUGCGCCACCGGUGCACACUGCAUCGGUGAGGCAGCGGCGUGGAUUCGGUCCGGCCGGGCCGACGUGAUGAUCUGCGGGGCAACGGAGGCGUGCAUCACGCCCGUGUCCGUCGCCGGCUUCUCGCGCAUGCGGGCGCUGUGCACGGCGUACAAUACCACGCCCGCCUCUGCCUCCCGGCCCUUCGACACGAGUCGCUCCGGUUUUGUGAUGGGCGAAGGCGCGGGGGUCCUCAUUCUCGAGUCACUGGAGCACGCAACGGCACGUGGGGCGCCGCGGCUGUACGCCGAGCUGCGCGGCUUUGGGGUGUCGUGUGACGCCUACCACGUAGCGGCCCCACAUCCAGAGGGGCUCGGCGCGCGGCACUGCGUGGAGCAGGCGCUGAUCGAUGGUGGCAACGUGCCAGGCGCGGCGGUGCAGUACGUGAAUGCCCACGCGACGGGCACUAUCGGUGACGAGGUGGAACUGGCCGCGCUGCAGUGCUCGUUGCGACCGCCAGAGAAGGAGACUGUGCCGCCGCUGUACGUGAGUAGUGCGAAGGGCGGCCUCGGUCACCUCUUAGGCGCCGCCGGUGGCGUGGAGGCCGGACUGACGGUGAUGGCGCUGUAUGAACAGCGCGCACCUCCGACGGCAAAUCUCACCUCGUCGUGUCUGACCGACGCGCAGAAGGCGGCGGGAGUGGUGUGUGUGCAGGGCAACACGGCACAGGUGCUCGAGGAUUGCGAGGCGGUGAUCUCGACGAGCUUCGGCUUUGGUGGCAUCAACACCGCCCUGCUCUUUACGCGUGUGUAA